CAGAGCAUGUCAAUACCAUCAGACGACGAAGACAUAAACAUAGAUGAUGCACCAAACAACAAAACUAACAGGAGGGGAAGAAGAGGCAAGAUCCUUAAAGCCUUUCCUUGACGAAAUAAUAUAUAAGGUAUGAAUGAACUUGCAAGUGACACAAAAAAAAAAGAUGCAGAAGAAAGAGUAAGUGGUUGAAUUAACACACACCACGACAAGGGCAAUGACAUAUUUGAAGUGAUUGAUUGUAAAGCAUAGAAAGCUUCUUCAAUUGGAUAUGGAAUCGAAUCUAGUAGUAAAUAGUAGCUAGCUAGUAUCAUUCAUUGUACCACGGCAAGGAAAACAGUAUCCAUCCAAUAAUGCCGCCUCGUCUGGAAUUGGAAUCCAAUGAUAUGGUAAUAAUAAUAAUAAUAAUCAGAACAAUGUUUUACGUUUGAAUUUGCGUUGCAAUUGCAAUCAGAUCUGUCCAUUGGUAAAAAAAUUAUCGCAGCUUUGUCUGUGCGGACAAGAAUAAUGACAGAGAUAAUAAUAGUACCAAUGCAAUGCAAUGCAAUGCAAUGCCAAUUCUGUUAAUUAUUAUUAGUAGUACUAACAAAGAAAGAAAAGAAUCAAAAUAAAAUCAGUCAAAGGGUAAAACAGUAAAUCAGAUAUGAGAAAAUAGUUUCCACGUCAAAUGUCAAUUCAGUUUUCUUGGGAGGAGAAGCUAUUAGAAGUUGAAUUGAGAGAAAAUAAAAGAGAAGAAAAGAAUACUAAUAAUAAACAGGAAAAAAGGCGAAAGAACAGAAAUAGCAAACUAAAUUUAUCCAUUCCUAUGAUCUAAUCUAAUCUAAUCUGUCUAUCUAUCUAUCUAUCUAUCUAUCUAUCUAUAAUUCUAUAUCCUUCUCUUUGAUCCCAAAAUCACUCUCCAUUAUUAUACUUUUGAGCGGUAGACAAAGAAACAAGAAUAGAUGGAGAAAACAGGCGAUGAGUCUCCGAAGAAUAAAGUAAAAUUCCUUUGCAGUUACGGCGGAAAGGUUCUUCCAAGACCCUCCGAUGGGGUCCUUAAGUAUGUCGGUGGCGAGACUCGCGUCGUCUGUGUCCCUCGUGACGUCACUUUCUCAGAGAUGAUGAAGAAGGUGAAUGGCAUGGUUGAUGGAGAGGUGGUGUUCAAGUACCAGGUGAUCCCAGAAGAACUUGAUGCAUUGGUAACAGUUAGAACAGAUGAGGAUCUGAAGCACAUGAUUGAGGAACAUGAUCGCCACGGGACCAGUGGAUCCCCACUGCUUCGCACAUUUCUAUUCCCUUCAAAGGCGCUUUUGGUUGACACACAGAUUCAAAUGCAAGGGCAACCAGCAGCACCACAUCCAGUUCUAUCUGUUGAACCAUAUUGGUUAGAGCAACGUUACCUUGAUGCCAUCAAUGGAAUAGUCCGGCGGACAAGCCCCAGGUCUAAGUAUGCGCCGCACUCUGCAUGUUCUUCACCAAAAUCAACCUCCCCAGAUGGACAUACUAACGCAGAAUCGCCCUUCCACACCGGUUUGCAGCAGUUACAGCAGAGUAAUACAAUGCAAAGAGUGAGAAGCUCUCCAAGUCUAUCGAACCUAACAAGCACCAGCAGCAACAAUACACAAGCAUCACUGCAGCCGGUUGAUCAUGGUGUUUGUAGUAGUAAUAAUCAUUCUUUACAAAAAAGUAGUAGUUGUCAUCAUUAUCACCACCACCCCCCUCUUGUUGGAUAUAGACCCAUACAAGAACAAGGGAUAGGAAUGGGGAUGGGAAGGUCAUCUCCAUGGAAUAUGAAUAUGAUGAUAGAUAAUAAUAAUAAUUUAAGUAGUAACACUAGCAGCAGUAGGGGUGGUAAUUACUAUUACUCCACUGCAAACAGACCCCAUAAAGCUUAUGCCUACCAUGAUGACUCUGCUGGUCAUAUUAAGGUUGAAAGAGUUCACUCCGUCCCCCGAAGUCCCAAAAUGUCUAUAUGGGAAUGACUAUCACACUUCAUUCCCCUUAACCUCUCUCAACUAACUAACUACAUUCUUUCAUUGGUAUAUAUAUAUUAGAACAAAAGGGUAUCAAUUUGUAAAUCAGUUAAUUGUAAAUAAAGUUUUUCAUUUUAUUUGCUUCCAAACUAGGUAUAGUGGUUGAAAAUUGUAGACUUAUACUACUACUUCCAUUCUUAUGAUUGAGAAUUGGUUGUUUAUAUGUUGGGCACCACACCUUCCCCUUAUUUUGUGGUUUUGUCACUUCUACAUCUGGGGUUUUAAUAUGCUUAAUCUAAUGGCUAAGCCAACACAACAUUAUACAAAGUUUUACUAUCAUCCCUAUUUAAAAACAUGCAAACAUCCCUUAGGCAACAGUAAAAUCAUCUUCAUUUUCUCAUCAAAUUAGGACAUUUUCAGCCUGUAAAUUUCAUUUCAUCCACACAAUAUACCCUGUAUUUCACAGACAAAACUUUCCAAAGGUACAGAAACGUCUCCAUUGACAAAAA